AAAUUUCUUUAAAGCUUAAAGGUUAUUUUCAGAAAUAUUCUCUUUCUAUCAUCUUUAUUAGUAAACAUAAUCAUAACGUAUCGAAUAAAGCAAACUGUGCUGAAUGGAUGUAUUGCAUUGUUAGAGCAUUAUGAUUGGACAAGUGUGUAGUUACCUUGUUAUUGUAUGUACACUUUGAUACCAGUCUAACGAUGUAAGUUAAGUGAUGUAGUGAACAAUAUGUUGAUCACGUUAAAUAUCAUAAAGCGUGUAAAAAAAAUAAAUGACCUGGCAAACAAUUUUAAAUCAGUUCUAAAUAAAAAAAGGAAUACCGAAUGUAGACAUUUAAAAGGGGUGAAAAACGACCCAAAAAACGAAUUUAAUGAAGACCAUGUAGUUGUAGCUGUUCUGUUAAUAUUGUUUAUAGUGAUUAUAAAUGUGGUAUCAAUUCUAGGAUAUAUCGUUUAUCAGGAAUGGAUAUUUUUUGAAACAAAAUUGAUUGAGGAUUUUUCUGUACCAUGUUCAUCAAUGUCUUUAAGCCCAGAUGAAGAUUAUGUAACAUUUGACUUGAACAAAAGUGGUUUGAAAACUUAUAUUGAUGAUAAGGGAAACUACAUUUGUAGUAAAAGGAACUUUACAGAAAUUCUCCAAACGGUUGUGGAAAGAGUAUGUAGAACACAGAUAGCUUUAGGGAAAGAAAAGCGAUAUCUAGCUUGUGGGAAUGAAAGCCUCAGAGAAACCUCCGGAUAUCAGACGGCAUUCUUCAGAGAAAUAUUGAAGCAACAAAACAACUCGGAUACUCAAGCUGCAGAUGACAAACUGUACUGGAAUAUACAUCCGAGUAAAUGUUACAUGGACAAGUCGAUUCAAUACGAUAAUGGUGAGGUGACAAUACCGGAAGGACGAGGCUACUUUUUGUACACGUCGGUACACUUCAAUAUAAGUCACAGGCACAGUAACGACCAGAAAGGGUUUCAAAGACCACAAAGAAUAACGAUCAGAAUAUGCAAAUCCAUAUACGGAUAUGAACAGACGUUGGUAGGGAGAUCAGAGGUUUUUAAUCCGACAAAUACUGGUGAUGUAGUUGGUAGCCUCAAAAUAGAAACACAUGUACAUCUGACAAAAAAUGAUAAAAUUUAUGUCCGUGUAAACGAUGCAAGUAGAAUUAUACAUAAUUCAAAAGGCAACACAUUCGGACUGUUCCCUUUAUAAGAAUGGAAUUUGCACCCAUAUGUAUUUUAAAUUUCUAUACAUAUUUUUGACAUACUUACAAACUCACAUGUCGCAAGACCACUGGCAGAAAAAGCACUUACAUUUACCAGUCCUUGGGUAAUGUACACUUAGAUAUUUUUAUGUUGUAUAUGUUUAAGUGUUGCAGAUCAGCGGAAUCUGUUUGUGUUAUACGUGCAUAACUGCAAAUCGGCUCUUACUCGGCAGUAAUUAGUGUAGCCUCUUUUUUCAUGAAAAGACCAGUGCUGAUAGUGAUAAUUGUGAUUGGCAUAUUUUAAUUAGCCAGGUCAGGUGUUUCUAAAAAGCCUAAUAACACUGUAGCAAUUUGAGAAUACAUUCAAAUUUAUUACAUAGAUAAUACCCGCAGAUCUCGCAGAGACAAAUGAUUACACAGUAACUUUUUGAUAUCCUUUUAACUCUAAGAAAAAUAUCAAUAAUAAAUUGCUGACUGUUUAUAUCUUCUUGAAAAAGUAAGCAAAACAUUAUUUUGUUUCAUAUGACAGGAAUAAAUUACAUUAACAAUCUUAGA